AGCCACUACCGGAUUACCAUGUAAACGAUAAAGUCUUUUUGAAAAACCAACUGAUUAACAAACAAGGUCAAUCUAAAUGGUUAGGUCCAUUUAUAAUAACGGAAAUCAUUUCACAAAAUGUAGUAAAAAUUAAUAAGAAAAAUAAUAAGGACAAUUUCACAUUAGUCAGCGUAGAACAAAUUAAACCAUACAAAUCUGUAUCUUUUACAGAUGCUGCUGCGAGCUCUUCACAGUAAAACUACCAAACACCGGUAUUUAUUUCGAAGACAAAGGGUCCCUCCUUCUCUCAGAUUCUUCAUAUGAUAUAUUAAUUUACAAAAAUUUGACACCUUUAUUUCAAAACUUUGAAAUACUUAAAUCUUAUCGAAAAGAAUUAGACGAAAUAGGCAACAAAAUUAAUAAUGUUAACCUAAAAAUACACGCUACAGUUUUAAAAAAUACCCUUAAUAAUUUAGAAACCAAUUUAAAUGAAAUAAAAUUUAUUGUACCAAAUCCAAAAAGAAAACGUAGAGGCUGGUUUAAUAUAAUCGGAACGGGCUUACACACUUUGUUUGGAACGCUAGAUGCUGAUAAUGAAGCUAAAUAUGAUAAAUUAAUAAACGAAUUGCAAACAUCAAAUAAAAGGAUAUUAAAACUUCAGGAUGAACAAGUUCAUCUAACUCAGAUGGUAAUAGCAGAUUUUAAUGCCACUUUAUUUAAAGUUAAUUCAAAUGAAAAAAUUAUCCAGAAAACUAUAUUCAAAAUUAAAGAAACGUUAAAUGGAAAUGCAAUUAGAAUAAAUGAAAACCAAAUUACUUUACAAUUUUUAAAUACAUUAACACUUAUUAAUGACGUAGCAUCUGUAAUCAACAAAGACGUAAGUAAUAUUAUAGAAACACUUACUUUUGCUAGAAUUAACAUUUUGCAUCCUAGUGUCCUAAACCACGAACAAUUAAAAGAACAAUUGCAUCAAAUUCGUCCAAAUGAAGGUGCUGCACUACCGUUUCCUUUUGACAAUACAAAUAUUUACAAAUAUUAUCAAAUUAUAAAUCCAAAUAUUUACCCUUAUAGAAAUGGAAUUUUAAUCAAAUUAAUUAUACCACUUGUAAAGAACAUUAAAAUGAAACUAUUCGAAGCAUAUUCCUACCCCGUAAAAUCAAACGAUACAUUUUAUCACACCCUUAUACCCGACAAUCCUUACGUGGCAAUUUCUGACGACCAUCAAUGGUACCUAGAAAUCCCAAGUUUGGAAAAAAGUCUUCGUCAAGAAAACCUCACGUUACUUCAAAACGUGGAACCUCAAGAUGCGAGAAACUCUGUGCGUUGUCUACCUAAUCUACUUCUGAAGAAAUCAUUUCCACAAGAAUGUAAAAUUUAUACUUUUAAAGCUACAGAAGAAUCCAUUCAACAAGUCAAUCCUUUCACAUGGCUGGUAGCAUCUAAACACCCAUUAAAAAUAACUUACAAAUGUAAAGGGCAACCAAUCAAGAGAUCGACCAUUCAACAGACGUCCUUGCUUAAAAUUAGCGAAGAAUGUAUGUGUUAUUUCGAUAACGGACUCAGAAUAACGACGAACAACAAGCAAAAUAAAAUUGUUAAUGUUCCGGUAGUUACUCCGGAAAUACCUCAAAAUUGCUGUAAACAAGUAAUGCGAACUCUAAACCAGCUUGAAGAUGAUCCCAUCGAUCUCAACUAUCUGAAAAGAGAGAACCUUCCGCUUCUACAAACAAAACUAUCUAAUCUCCAACAAAAAAUUAAGGAUGAAUCAGCUAGAGUCUUCACCAAUAUCCAUUCCCAAUGGUAUUUCUUACUGCCAACAACUUUACUUGGGAUUACAUUACUAGCCCUGAAAUUAGAUGGCGCUGUAGCGUCGGGCUUAUACGCUGCCGUCAGCGGCAGGAGCAACGCGCCCCUAUCGAUCACAUCACGAAGGUCUGACGAGGAGUCUUGGCGAAGAGCUUUGGAACGUGAAGAGCACCGCAGUUGCGGCGGUGUCCGCAUCUUUCCCUCGGAUCUUGAAAAUCCGGGAGAGGGCCAUGUGCGGGUGUCGCGUCAGUUCGUACCCAUAUCCGGAGCCGCUCUCCAAGAUCGGGACGUGUCCGGCUUGGUCGGGAAGCGGGUCUAG